CACAGCAGACAGAGCUGUGGAGGGCGAGUCAUCCUGCAGGAAUGAGGAAGUGUCUACGCCUGCUGCUACAUCGCUAAAUACGGCAGUCAACAGUGCGACAUGACCGCUUCUGGUGCACAAACGGCAGAGCUUAGGCUGGUCGUGCUGGGCCGGACCGGGACAGGACGACGGUCAACGGUCUGCAGCAUCCUGGGCCUACAAGACGAACAUCAGGGCAAAGACGAUGGACAGACUGAGGAGUGCAGUAAACACAGAGGAGAAGCUGCAGGUAGACAGGUGCUGGUGGUGUCCAGCCCAGACUGGUUCAGUGCAGAUUGCCACCCAGAAGAAAGAAGAAGGCACAUCUCCGACAUGAUCACAUUAUCCUGCCCAGGGCCGCAUGCUUUUCUAUUAUGCGUGUCUGUGAACCAGCCAGCCGAUGGAGAGACCAAAGCACUGGAUGUCCUGGAGAAGCUGUUUGGCGCCUCUGCAGUCAGCAGAAACACCAUCCUCCUCUUCACCAACAUGGAGGAGUUGGAGGAGGACGAGAGGCUGGAAGAUUACCUCGUCACAUGGCGCAAGGACCUCCAGGUGCUGCUGCAGAGAUGUGGCGGUCGAUAUCACACCCUAGAGACCCGGAGUGAAUCGGAAGCUCUUGAGGGUAUGUUGGAGAAGGUUGAAGAAGCAGUGAAGGAGAGCGGGGAAGAGCACUUUAGCAGUCUUUUGUAUGAGGAGGUUGAAGAACAAGUGCGGAAGAAGCAGAUUGAAAUAGUGCGAGAAAGGAGGAAAGAUGCACAAGAUGAUCCUUCAUCUUUGAGAGACUCAGAGGUGACUGAUGAAGAGAUGGAGGAAGCCCGGGAAGAGGCAGAAAGAAGCAUAGGAGACUUAAAUGUGGACUUGGAUAAUAUUUUCCCUUCAUCCAGCAUAUCACCUGCCUCCCCUUUUGCCUCUUCUCUCCGAAGCUUCUGGGAGACGUUGGUGGCCUGGUUGAAGUGGCUGCCCACACUGGUGAGAAGGGAGGCCCUGCUGGGAGCUCUGGUCGGCCUCUUUGUCGGAGGGCCCUUUGGAGGCAUGGUGGGGGCCACUGUGGGAUCAGUGGCUACAGAGGUGGGCCGGAGGAAAACACAGAAAACCAAAUAGAUAAGUGGAGCAGAUAAUGCCAACAUCAUGUAUUAGGCCUUACGUUGCACCUUAAAGUCACUAAACUGUGUUCAGCAUCCACCAAUGUAUUACCAAGCUAACCAGAUAACAUGAAUGUACAGUAUCACUAUGCUAACACUAUAUUGCGGCUUCUAGUGACACCCUGCGUUUUGUCAUUGCUUUUUGAAUGGAUGGUAAAGCCGUUAAUAAACAAAACUUACCUGAUUUCUCCUUGAUUUUACACACCUAUGAAAUGAUUAUGCAGUAUUUAAAAUAAGGAUAUAUCAAGCAUUUCAUUGAAUUUUAACAUUUUCAUUACAGUAGGUCCCUGCUACGCCUGGGGGUUACAUU